AUGGAACUAGAUGUAUCCCCAGCGGAUAAAGUAGAGAUCGAUAUGGAAUAUUCAGAUAAUUCUACAGAUAGUAAAUACACACCAUGUAAUAACGAUCAGUAUUCAAUCAUACGCAUUCCUGAAGAUGGGGAGAAGUCCAGUAAGCACUCGUCAAGAAAACAGUCAAAAAGAAGAAAGAAGAAUUCAAACCAUACUCGGCCUUUACCCAGGAUCAUUGUGAAGCCUUUACCACCACCUCCUCCUCCUGAAAGCAGAGAAUGGACAGCGGCAACAUCCUACACUGAGCCUAGUACUAUUACUAAUAGACCUUGUACGAUGCGUGAAGUUCUAGCUAGCAUUCCAGGGUUCUCUAUGAAACCUAGGAAGCGAAGUGGCAAAAAAUUAUCUACAGCAGCUCAACUACAACAAACAAGAGAAGGUUAUAUUGAUUUAGAAACACCUGACUCAAUAUUAGUAAACACAAAUAUAAGAGCACUUCUCAAUAAGCACACUUUUUCACUUCUUCCUCCAUUAUAUCAAUAUAAACUUGGACAGCUACUUCCUAGUGUAGACAGGUUAAGCCCUUCCGGUCGCUUGAAUUCUUCUAGUCUCAAUAAUGAAUUUUUUGCACGGGCUUGUCUACAAUGGCAGGAUAGUCUCUCUGGUGGUGAAUUAACUCCAGAAAACCAACAAAGAAUGAAGACUGAGGCUGAAAAAGAAAAAAGCAAAAUAGAUCCUUGGAAAUUAAAGCACUUUGAACCUAUUUGGGGAGAAAAGUCAAGAAAAGAUAAAUCUUCAAUCAGUUUAAAUUCUGAUAGACCAUCUCUAAAGACAACUAUUAAAUUAAGACCUACAGCUUCUAUUACAAGCAGUAGUACUGUUCCAAAAAUUAAAAAGAGUAAAUCUUCAAGUACAAGUAAAAGAAUGCGCUCUGUUGGUGCUGUGACUAGAUCCUCAGCAAAAGCUGAUGAAGUUUUAGAGGAACCUGUCACUUUUUGUACAAAACAAUCUGCCCCUGUGCCUGACUUAUUACCUCUCAAACAUAACAAAACCCAUAAUUCAAAUUAUGAAGAAUGUCAAGUUGACUUUAAUUUCUCUGAUACAUCAUCUACACAAAGAUUGGAUGACUCAGUCUCAACUACACCUGUUGAUCCCUUGUUACUACCAGAUAGUGAAACAGAUCGCAAUGACUUGAAGCAAGAACUUGACAUCAGUGUUGUAACUAUAGAAGAGUCAAGUACAUCAAAAGACUGUGAAGAGUACAAAGCAGAGUCUGAUGGCAAUUUACAAGAAUCAUCUAAGAGGCCUAGUAAUGAAAAUACUGAAUAUCGGUCUAUUGCCAAGAGGAUAAAAUUUGAAGAAGAUUAUGAGAUAGAUAACUCUAGCUUUUUAGUCCAAAAUGCAUCUGAUAAUACUACUAAUUACUCUGAUGUUGAAAACUGUUAUGGUAAUGAACAAGUUUGUCCAAAUGAUGAACUGUUGUAUACUGUACAAGACCAUGGUGAUACUAAUAGUGAAGAUAGCAAAGCUACUGCGUCUGUUUAUGAGUAUGAUGCAAGAAGUGAAUCAUCUGUGUCUAGCUUAAAGAUAGAUAUUAAUGUAAGUAAUAUAGCUGUGAAUGAAUCUGCAGAACCCAUAGAGACAGUUAAUUAUGAAACCAAGGCAAUAGAAAGGGAAGAAAGUCUAGAUGCUGAUAUAAUAAACACUAAAGAGUCUUUGGCCAAUGAAACCCAGGAAGAGUAUGUGUCAGAUCAGUACCAAGAGUCUUCAAAGACAGUAUCUGAAGCAGAUGAAGAGUCACCUCAAGACUCCAAGGAGUCAGACGUAAAACAGGAGCUAUGUCAGAAUUUAAAUCAGGAGAUGGAAUGUCAAGUGCCACAACCAAAUGAUCAUUUGAAAAUCAAAACUGUUAAUAGCUCUGAAAAAUGUGACAAAGAAAUUCCUCCUCUACAAAGUAUGGCACAAAACUAUUAUGAUGAUCACUUUAAAGAUGCAGAAUCAUUUAUAUUAGAGACAAGUCUCUCAAUACUAAAUAAUCAGUCUCAAAAUCAAGAUGUAAAGUAUUCAUCACAUCCUAAUCUAAUGGAGCUGUCAUCAUACAUGAGUGAAACAAAUGUCACUGCUGUCGUAACAAUGCCAUUAACACAGAACUCAUCAAUACCAAUGAUGGAAGUUACUAAUACAUCAAUUGUGUCUUACCCUGAUGAUAUGAAAGAUGCAGCAAAACCCAAAGCUUCUGCUGUGUCAUGGAAAACAGAAGCCGAUUGGACAAAUAACGAAAAUGUUAUGAACUUGCAUUCAUUUCAAAAUUUAAAUAAUGAGAAUGCUAAAUAUGUAAGCGAAGACUCCAAAACAGGAAUGGAGGAUAUUAGCAUGAAUGACGAAAAUUGUAUGUAUAAAGAAGAUAGAGAUGCCAACUUUAAUAUGGAAUCUUCAAAUUCAUCUGAGAGUUGUCAAUCUAUUAAAGAAACAUUGGUAAAGCAGGAAUUGGAAUCAACAACUACUUUAAUGUCUAGUACUCCUGCAACUAACCCUCCCCUAAAUUCUGCAACAAUGGCACAAAGUAUGAGGCCUGUUGGUAAAAAGCCCAAAUUGGGGAAAGAGUCAAACAGGAGUAGAAGUUCCAACAAAGUACCUCCUGGUACUGUGAAUUUGGAACGUAGCUACCAAAUCUGCCAAGCGGCGAUACAAAAUAGCCCUAACCGCGACGCUUUACGCGGUCAGCUGCGACCUCCGCCCGCGCUUCUCACCCGACCUGCGCGCUCCGUGCGUCCAAAUCCGCCACCGCCUCCUCCGCCGCUCCCGCCUGUGCUCGUGAGACAGCUACCUGUUUCUGUUAUGCCUCAUAAUGAAAUGAACGAGAAUCGUUCGAACAAUGUUGGUCAGUAUAUUCUGGUGCAAAGAACACCCAAUGCAGCGCCGAGAGCGUCUAGUGCACCGCCAGCUAACCAAAAUACAAACGUAAGUGUUGCACGGUGUCGGAGCGUGGGUGCGGAAGAGCCGUGUGUGUGCAACCUGCGUGCAAUGAUUCUGUGCAAGAAAUGCGGCGCCUUCUGUCACGAUGACUGCAUUGGUACUGCGGAACUGUGUCUGACCUGUCUUAUACGCUGA